AUGAAUGCAUAUCCUUCACAAUUACAACCACGCAAACAUUUCCAGGCCUUCGGAACUACCUACGCAGUUCAGGAGGGUUACUCGUUGCACAAAGAGCUCGGCCAGGGUGCAUACGGUUGCGUCGUCGCUGGCAAACAUGAAGCUAGUGGUACAAAAUUGGCUAUCAAGAAGCUCAGAGGCCAGACAAUUCUGACAAAACGUGCACUCCGUGAAAUAAAACUCCUACACCAUUUUAGAGGACAUAAAAAUAUAACAUGUCUAUAUGAUAUGGAUAUAGUAGACUACUCAAACUUCAACGAGGUAUACCUCUAUGAGGAACUCAUGGAAGCAGAUUUACACGCGAUUAUCAGAUCAGGACAGCCACUUACUGAUCAGCACUACCAAUCGUUCGUUUAUCAAACACUCUGCGGUCUGAAAUACAUCCAUAGCGCUGACGUUAUCCACCGUGAUUUGAAACCGGGCAAUUUAUUGAUAUGCGACUUUGGUUUAGCUAGAGGAUUUGAAUCUGAUCCAUUAAGAGCUGGUUUGGCCGGUAGUGCUGGAUUCAUGACUGAAUAUGUCGCUACGAGGUGGUACAGAGCACCUGAAAUUAUGCUUAGCUUUGCAAACUAUUCAACUUCUAUUGAUAUUUGGUCAGUAGGAUGUAUUCUCGCUGAGUUGCUUGGUGGUAGACCAAUCUUCAAAGGUAGAGACUACGUCGAUCAGCUCAAUCAAAUAUUACACGUACUUGGUACACCAUCUGAAGAGACACUCCGCAGAGUUGGUAGUCCGCGCGCCGUUGAGUAUAUUCGCUCACUACCAAUCAAACCACGUAUACCGUUCGAAAGAAUCUAUCCAAAAGCGAACCCACUGGCUCUUGAUUUACUCUCUAAAAUGCUUACGUUUGAUCCAGCAAAGCGUAUCACUUGCGACGAAGCUCUCAAACAUCCAUACCUUGCUGUAUGGCACGACCCAACUGAUGAACCAAGCUGUCCAGAGCGUUUCGACUUUGGAUUUGAAGUUGAAGACAGUCUGGAGGGUAUGAAAAGCGCGAUCGUUGAGGAAGUCAAGUCCUUCAGAAAGAAAGUAAGGACACCUGUCAAUGUUCAACAACAACAACAGGCAGAACAACAAAGACUAAUGGAAGAGCAAGCUGCUGCACACAUACAGGCUAAAGAAGCUAAAGAGAGCCUUCCUGUCCCAUCAAGAGAGGAACUUAGCGGCAACGAGACACCAAAAGAUGAACUCACGUCAAGCUAUACAAUCCCACCUCAAGCUAACGCCAACGAUGGCAGCUACGUCCUCGACGAUCCUUCUGAAGAGUUAGAAAGGGAAUUAGCAAGCACUAAAAUCUAG